UUUUGCAUUUCCCUCCCCCUGCCAGCCUAUGACACACUUUCUCUCCUUUUUUCUCUCUUUCUUCUCCUCUGGCCUCCGGACUCCGGCCUGGGCAGCGCACAGCCCCAUCCCGGCCCUGCAACCCCUGGGCGGGCGGCGCCCCUCUGACAGCCUGGCAGGGCCGGGGCCCAGGGGGAAGCCGGCGGCCUGCGCGGAGGAGGCGACAGCAGGGCUGUCGGAGCAUGAGCGCCCCAGAUUCCAGCCAUCACCGCUCUAGACCCAGAGGAAGACUGGCUCGGGAAAGGACGGGUGCCAGCCCGGAGGAGUGGAAGUUGGACCUCCAUAUCGGGACAGCGGCUGCUGCCUGCUGAGCCCCAACCACAUGCCAGACAGCGCAAGUAACGUACUGAGACUGCUCUGCUGUAAGUCCCCAAACAGAGUAACGUCCGCACCCCGCGAGCCCUAACCUCCAAACUUGGCCUGCUCGCAGAUGUGGACAGUGUGAUCUGACUCUGGAACCUUUUUCUUCCUCCCUGUGUCCCCUGCCGAUCUUCUGAGCGCAUGCACACACGCCUGUACAAUCAGUCCUGCCGCACGGUGCCUGACGAGUAGGGCCAGAGAUGGAGGACUAUAUGGAGACACUGAAGGAUGAGGAGGACGCCCUGUGGGAGAACGUGGAGUGCAACCGGCACAUGUUGAGUCGCUACAUCAACCCAGCCAAGCUCACCCCCUACCUGCGCCAGUGUAAGGUCAUCGAUGAGCAAGACGAGGAUGAAGUGCUCAGCGCGCCCAUGCUGCCCUCCAAGAUCAACCGGGCAGGCCGACUAUUGGACAUUCUACAUACCAAGGGCCAAAGGGGCUAUGUGGUCUUCUUGGAGAGCCUGGAGUUCUACUACCCGGAACUGUACAAACUGGUGACGGGAAAGGAGCCCACCCGGAGAUUCUCGACCAUUGUGGUGGAGGAGGGCCACGAGGGCCUCACGCACUUCCUGAUGAACGAGGUCAUCAAGCUGCAGCAGCAGAUGAAAGCCAAGGACCUGCAGCGGUGCGAGCUGCUGGCCAAGUCGCGCCAGCUGGAGGACGAGAAGAAGCAGCUAACGCUGACACGGGUGGAGCUGCUGACCUUCCAGGAGCGGUACUACAAGAUGAAGGAGGAGCGCGACAGCUACAACGACGAGCUGGUCAAGGUGAAGGAUGACAACUACAACUUGGCCAUGCGCUACGCCCAGCUCAGUGAAGAAAAGAACAUGGCGGUCAUGAGGAGCCGAGACCUGCAACUCGAGAUCGACCAGCUCAAACACCGACUGAAUAAGGUGGAGGAGGAGUGCAAGCUGGAGAGGAACCAGUCACUGAAACUAAAGAAUGACAUCGAGAAUCGGCCCAAGAGGGAGCAGGUUCUGGAGCUGGAGCGAGAGAACGAGAUGCUGAAGACAAAAAUCCAGGAGCUGCAGUCCAUCAUCCAGGCCGGGAAGCGCAGCCUGCCGGACUCGGACAAGGCCAUCCUGGACAUCCUGGAACACGACCGCAAGGAGGCUCUGGAGGACCGGCAGGAGCUAGUCAAUAAGAUCUACAACCUGCAGGAGGAGGUCCGCCAGGCGGAAGAGUUGAGGGACAAGUACCUGGAGGAGAAGGAAGACCUGGAGUUGAAGUGCUCGACCCUGGGCAAGGACUGCGAGAUGUACAAGCACCGCAUGACCACAGUCAUGCUGCAGCUGGAGGAAGUGGAGCGCGAGCGGGACCAGGCCUUCCACUCCCGGGAUGAAGCGCAGACCCAGUACUCACAGUGCUUGAUCGAGAAGGACAAGUACAGGAAGCAGAUCCGAGAGCUGGAGGAGAGGAACGACGAGAUGAGGAUCGAGAUGGUCCGGCGGGAGGCCUGCAUCGUGAACCUGGAGAGCAAGCUCCGGCGCCUGUCCAAGGACAGCGGCAGCCUUGACCAGAGUCUGCCCAGGAACCUGCCAGUAGCCAUUAUCUCUCAGAACUUUGGGGACGCCAGCCCCAGGACCAACGGUCAGGAAGCGGAUGACUCGUCAACCUCUGAGGAGUCGCCGGAGGACAGCAGAUACUUCCUGCCCUAUCACCCUCCCAAGCGGAGGAUGAAUCUGAAGGGCAUCCAGCUGCAGAGAGCCAAAUCGCCCAUCAGCCUGAAGCGAGCCUCAGAUUUCCAAGGGCGAGGCCAUGAAGAAGAAGGCACGGAUGCCAGCCCCAGCUCCUCCAGGUCCCUGCCCAUCACCAACUCGUUCUCCAAGAUGCAGCCACACCGGAGCCGCUCCAGCAUCAUGUCCAUCACCGCCGAGCCCCCGGGCAACGACUCCAUCGUCAGGCGCUAUAAGGAAGAUGCACCUCACCGGAGCACGGUCGAGGAAGACAAUGACAGCGGUGGGUUCGACGCCUUGGAUUUUGAUGAUGACAGUCAUGAGCACUGCUCCUACGGGCCCUCGUCCAUCCACUCCUCCUCCUCCUCCCACCAGUCCGAGGGCCUGGACGCCUACGACCUGGAGCAGGUCAACCUCAUGUUUCGGAAGUUCUCUCUAGAAAGACCCUUCCGGCCCUCCGUCACGUCUGUGGGUCACGUGCGGGGCCCUGGGCCCUCAGUGCAGCAGGUCACGCUCCACGGCGACAGCCUCACCUCCCAGCUUACCCUUCUCGGGGGCAACGCUCGGGGCAGCUUCGUGCACUCCGUCAAGCCAGGCUCCCUGGCAGAGAAGGCGGGCCUCCGCGAGGGCCACCAGCUGCUGCUGCUGGAAGGCUGCAUCAAAGGUGAGAAGCAGAGCGUCCCCCUGGACGCAUGCACAAAGGAGGAGGUACACUGGACCAUCCAGAGGUGCAGCGGCCCCGUCACACUGCAAUACAAGGUCAACCAGGAAGGGUACCGGAAGCUGCUGAAGGACAUGGAGGACGGCCUGAUCACGUCUGGGGACUCUUUCUACAUCCGGCUGAACCUGAACAUCUCCAGCCAGCUGGACGCCUGCUCCAUGUCCCUGAAGUGUGACGACGUGGUGCACGUCCGUGACACCAUGUACCAGGACAGGCACGAGUGGCUGUGUGCGCGGGUCGACCCAUUCACGGACUAUGACCUGGAUGUGGGCACCAUUCCCAGCUACAGCCGAGCCCAGCAGCUCCUCCUUGUCAAGCUGCAGCGCCUGAUGCACCGGGGCAGCCGGGAGGAAGUGGACGGCACUCACCACACCCUGAGGGCGCUCCGGAACACCCUACAGCCUGAGGAGCCAGUUUCCACCAGUGACCCCCGCGUCAGUCCCCGCCUCUCUCGGGCAAGUUUCCUCUUCGGCCAACUCCUCCAGUUCGUGAGCAGGUCCGAAAACAAGUACAAGAGGAUGAACAGCAACGAGCGAGUCCGCAUCGUCUCAGGAAGCCCCCUGGGGAGCCUGGCCCGCUCCUCGCUGGACGCUGCCAAGCUCCUGACCGACAAGCAGGAAGAGCUGGACCCGGAGAGCGAGCUCAGCAAGAACCUCAGCCUGAUCCCCUACAGCCUGGUGCGUGCCUUCUACUGUGAGCACCGCCGGCCCGUCCUCUUCACGCCCACCAUGCUGGCCAAGGCACUGGUCCAGAAGCUGCUCAACUCGGGGGGCGCCAUGGAGUUCACCAUGUGCAAACCAGAUGUUGUCACCAGAGAUGAGUUCCUCAGGAAGCAGAAGACAGAGACUAUCAUCUACUCCCGAGAGAAGAACCCCAACACUUUUGAAUGCAUCGUUCCCGCCAACAUUGAAGCCGUGGCCGCCAAGGACAAGCACUGUCUGCUGGAGGCCAGCAUCAGCUGCACCAGAGACUUGAUCAAGUCCAGGAUCUACCCCAUCGUGCUCUUCAUUCGGGUGUCAGAGAAGAACAUCAAGAGGUUCAGGAAGAUGCUGCCACGGCCUGAGACGGAGGAGGAGUUUCUGAGGCUGUGCCGGCUCAAGGAGAAGGAGCUGGAGGCGCUGCCCUGCCUGUACGCCACGGUGGAGGCGGACAUGUGGAGCAGCGUGGAGGAGCUGCUGCGUGUGCUCAAGGACAAGAUCGCCGAGGAGCAGCGCAAGACCGUCUGGGUGGACGAGGACCAGCUGUGACUUCGGGUCUGAGCACAAGGGGCCCCGUCCGCCCGGUCCCGGAGCCCUCCGGGGAGCUCUGGGCCAACGCGGCCGCGGGGACGGGCCCCGACAGCUGGCAGCCGGCCGACCUGGCAGCCGCAUCGUCGGGCCAUCACACGAGGGUCACGAGGCCAGCGGCCCCUCGGAAGCUGGAACAGCCGAUGAAUGUAACGCAGGACCGGGGUGCUGGCUGCGGGGCAGUGCCCCUGACCGUAGGGGCACCUGCCAGCCCUGGGGACACUCGACCUCCACGUUCCCAGGCAGGACAGAGUUGGGGCAGACAGGGAAGCAGCCGCACUGUUACUUCUCUCGCAUUAAAAUCUCUCCCAUUUCCUUUUUUUCACCCUUUUUCAAAGCUCUUACUGUUGAGUCGUUUGCAGAGGGUUUCAGCGCCGGCCCCUCCGUGUCCGCAAACUGCUUCCGGGAAAGCGUGGGUCAGGCCGCACGUCUGCGCAAGGAGCAGGCAGGGCCGCUGGCCAGCGCGGUUCCCCAGGACGACCAGACUGGUGCCAGGGCUUUGGGCGUGGUCACCCCUACCCCCCUUGACGACAACACGUCCAGAUUUGGGUGAUACGUUAUAGAGCAACUCUGAGAGGGGCCCUUCUUGGAAGGUCGCCUGUGCCCUGGACCCCAGCCCCGAGCCCAGGGCCCCUCACUCAGCCCUCUGAUCCUCUGCCCGCAGCCUCACGUCGCCCUGUAUGUGGGGUAAGGGUCUUCAUUGGCUUUGCUCCCAGUGCCCAGGAGCUGGGUCGGGGUAUGCAUGCAGGGAAGUCAGGCCUCUCUCCCCAACAGAGCAAAGGCCCUGUGGCUUCUAGAACCAGUCUUCUCCCUGACCCCCUUCCUGCAGACUUUUCCCAGUAUAGACCUGCCAGGGAGUAGCCAAGCCAAGCCACAUCCAGCCUGGCACUGUGCUGGGGACAGGCAGGCUGGGGUUCACUGCCCGCUCUGGGUGUUCGGGGGAGCUGUAGGAGCUGGUUGGCAAACCAAUACCCAUACUCCCUCCCUUACUUGUUCUGGGAAACUAUGUACGGCUAACAGGCCGUAUCCCCCAGCCUCCCUUGCAGUCAGGGUCAUUGAGGAAAUGUAAGGUGACAAGGUUUGGGGGAAAGACAGCACAGACCAACUGCCCUUCCUCUAGUUUCCUGCCUGGAAUACGGCUGUGAUGGCUGGAGCUCCAGCAGGCACCUUGGACUUUGAGGCGACCUUGAGAAUGGAAACCAUAUGCAGAGGAUGGUGGAACAGAAAGAGAAAAGGAGUCAGCAUUGCUGACGGCACUUUGGGGCCCGGGACUACCGCUUGGGUUUUGUUUACAUGAGACAGAAAUAAAUGUAUCUUAUGUCA